AUGGAAGCAUUCAAAGUCCUUCACAAGCUGACGGGAUACUUCAUGAUUCUACUUAUUUUAACUUCGCUACCAGUAAGCUGUACCAGUGGUUCUUCGCAUUCUUUGAAAAUUAAGAAAUAUGUCUGCAUCGAUACACCGUACAAAGAAACGACACUUCAUUUGUGUAAAAGUAUCCCGCGAAGAAACGCGCCGACGAUGGUCCAUUUAAUAUUGCACGUUCCAAAGUUGUACGAUAACUAUAAAGUGAAAGUUACGUUGUUCUACAAGUUUAGUACCUAUCAACCAUUCUUGAUUACUAUCGAGGGUAACGCUUGUGAAUUUAUUCAACAUCCGCCGCAAUUUGGAUUUGAAAAGCAUGUGUACGAUAUAAUUGAGGAAACCCUUCCAGAGCUGUUAGAUCCUUGUCCAACGGGCAAUCGCACCUACAACUUUACUUGGUACCUUCAAGAUCGAUAUGCGCCAAAUCACAUCCCAGCAGGAGAUUACAAACUGCAAUAUAAAGUGGUAGCAAAAACCAAUGUCACCAUGUUUGGAAUGGAUGUAUUUUUUGCAGUUCGUAACAUUGGAAUCGUUUCCACGUUUAUGACCAGAUAA